UAGAAAUUAGAACACAGUGAUUCCUUCCUGACGCUGGGAGCAAUUUUACAGAGAGAUUUUUCAGUAUUAGUGGGAGAACAUGAGGUCAAAUUGGAUAUUUCUACUACACAUGUUGUGCCUAAAGGCCCAUCAAUGUGCACCUACAAAGAAGGAGAUGAAUCUCCAGGAAAACUUGAAAAUGUUAUCUGAAAUUGGUGAGAAAUAUGUGGAUGAAGAAGUAAAGAAAGCUCUGACAGGGAUUAAGCAGAUGCAAAUUAUGAUGGAAAGAAAUGGAGAUAAACAUGUAGAUCUGAUGAAAACCCUGAAGAGGACAGAUCAAGAAAAAAAGGAAGCUCUACAGCUCAUGGAUGAAGUAAAAGAAAGAUUAGAGGAAGAAGAAACGCAAUGCCAGGUUUCUUUGAAAAAUGUAUGGAAUGAAUGUGAAUCUUGUUUGGAAAGUAACUGCAUGAGAUUUUAUACAACUUGCCGUGCUAGCCUGUCAACAAUUGUAAAUAAGGUUGAAGAUUUUUUCAGGAAAAUAUCUCCAGUAAUCUUUAGCUUUUAUGAGGAUCAAGGCAAAGACCUCCAGUCAAAUGAAAAAACUGAAAAGGAAGAUACCCAGCUAGUAAAAAUGGAAGAUAUAUUUAGCCAGCUGGCAUCAGAUAUGGGCACAUUAUUUGACAAGAGCUUUGUUUUUUUCAAACAGAUGCAAACAGAAUUUGAUCAAUCUUUUCAAACAUAUUUCAUGUCUGAUGUAAAUUUAACUGAAUCACACAAUGUGCCUGCUCUCCCUGAGGAUUCCAAGAAAAACAAUAGUUUUCAUAAAAACUGGGAUAUGUCAGGCUUCCUUCAGGUAGUUUUUGAUUUUGGCAAGACUGUAUUUGAAGGUGUCAGCAAAGUGAUUACUAAAGCAUUUGAUGGAAACAGUGAUAACAACAGAGAGUUGCCAGAACAAGCCAAAGAUGCUGAUGAAAAUGGAAUGUUUUCAAUGACUGCAACAGGCCAUGAAGGAACUCUGUGCAAAGACUUCCCGCAAAAUUCGGCAGGAUGCUCACAGUUUCAUGAAAGAUGCCAGAAAUGUCAGGAUAUGCUGAUGAAAGACUGCCCAAAUAUCCCUGAACUACAUGCAAAGUUGGAUGAAGCCUUAAAAUUGGUUAAUAUCUCAAGCGAGCAGUAUGAGCAGAUUCUCCAGCUGAUUCAGCAUCACACGGAAGACACUUCCUACUUGCUGAAUAAAAUGAAGGAAAGGUUUGGGUGGGUUUCUGAACUGUCCAAUGUGACCAUCGGAUCGGAAAACAUCUUCAAUAUAGUAAAGGUAUCUCCUGGGGAUUCUUCCAGUCCGAAUGAAACAGUGGUAGAUGUGAAUAUUCUGACUUCACCUACUUUCACAAUUAAGGUUCCACGUGAUUUAGAUACUGAGAGCUCUGAAUUCAUUGAAUAUAUAGCUGGGAAAGCUUUACAACUUUAUAAGCAAAAUUUUUAAAUAUGGUAAGUUGAUUCUUUUUGUACAGUGAAGAUAACUCUUAGUAGUGAACAUCUAUUUGUUUUAUAACAUCUCAAUGGAUUUUAAUUGGAGCAUGAUUAUGGAUUAUGAUAUACUUCAUAUCUUGGAGUAUAUCAUGAAUCUAAGAGACAAAGAAAUUAUACAAAACCAAAAGAUCAGUGUUUUAGUAUGAUAAUACUCACAGACUAAGCUUAAUUAUAUGUUAAAUCCUUCAGCCACAGGUAACAUAGGAAGACAUAUAUAGCAUCUCCACCCAGGGUAUCUUCCAAGUACAGUAUUUCAUGGUUCUGGGUACUAAAUACCAUAUGAUUAUCAAUCAAUAUAAUCUAGAAUACCCACUAAUAUUUACUGUGAUAUUGAAUGGUGUACGUGAGAGAUUCACAAACUUUUUCUUAUUGCAUACCCCCUUCCAGAUUUACCCGCUGCCUGUGUAUCUCUAUCAGCAUCCAUUUUAUAUUUUAACCCCUUAAAUGCCA